AUGAAAUUUAGUCCCGGUUUAGCAAAACCGAAGAAUUUGGUAGUGAAACAAAACACCACCUCACUCGUGCGAGAUCCAUCAACUUCUGCAGAAAUGAAGGUUGUCGCUGCAUACUUGCUCGCCGUUUUGAGUGGGAAAGCUUCCCCAACCAGUGCCGAUGUCAAAACUAUUCUCGGAUCAGUUGGAGCUGAAUCAGAGGAUUCUCAGAUUGAGCUUCUCUUGAAGGAAGUGAAAGGGAAAGACUUGGCUGAGCUAAUUGCUGCUGGAAGGGAGAAGUUAGCUUCAGUGCCAUCUGGUGGUGGUGGUGUUGCCAUGGCUGCUGCUCCAUCUGCCGGUGGAGGAGGAGGCGGUGCUGCUCCUGCAGAGGCCAAAAAGGAAGAGAAGAAAGAGGAGAAGGAAGAAUCCGAUGAUGACAUGGGUUUCAGUCUUUUCGAGUAA